AUGGAGAAUGUGCGCCAGGAAUCAUUCAAACAGCUGCGUGCACCAUGCGUGGAGCUCAGUGCCGCUGGACUGGCAUUUCGAGGAAACAACGCAUCUGCAGAUGAUGUGAUUCGAGCUGCCGAGCCGGUUUACCGGGUUCUUGAAGACCUCUCCAGGAAGCAUGCCCUGGACGAAAAGAUGGCGGAAUAUGCUUUCUUCCCGCUUUCACAUAUCUUUAACGAGACAAAACGGCUGCCGGCCAGAUGUCUAGAACUUGCAAUAAAGUCACUUCGCAUCCUCGUGGAAGAUGGCUAUGGCCGUAAACUGGCCCCAGCGAUGGGAAAGCAGCUGAUCAUCCUGCUUACACUGAUUGUGGGAGGAUCCCCGAACAAGGCUAAUGGCGAGCCUCUCAGACCUCAGGUGGUUGAGGAGCUUUCUCUUGCCGGGUUCGAUUGUCUGCGUGCAAUAUUCGAUGUGCUUGAAGGCUCAGUGGCAGAGAAGACCAUAUACCACGAGAUCGGUACUGCAACAAUUGUAGAUCAAACUGUUUACAUCCUGUUGGAGGGUCUCGUGGAUGAGCAUUCUGAUGCAUUGUGCUUAGCAGCUGCGAGGGCCCUCCACUCUCUCUAUAACCGGAUCUCAGACCGUGUGGUCUUGGCUAGUAUUAUGCCUCGCACAGUCUCCGCCUUGGUCAAAGUCAUAAAGCCAUCAACGCAGGUCCGACGGUCUUACAAGUUGGUCGAAAGUUGUCUGCAAACAAUGACACGUCUUAUACGAACUGUUAUAAGCGAUAAAGCAGCUGUCGGGACUAAGAAGGCAGACCCGACUCUUCCACAAUCCGAGCGACCCACUCUAGAUGCGUCUUGGCUCAAGGCAACAACAACCCAGGUCAAGCUAGCACUCGCCAAUGUCAUUCAGAUACGGCGGCAUCAACGCCAAGAAGUACAACUAGCACUACUCGACCUUUGUGUCAUGGUCAUUGAGGACUGCCAAUCUACACUGCACGAAGCUCUUCCUUUGAUGAUUGAGACUGCUGUCGUUCUAGCUGAUAAAGAAGAAGAAACUUCGAACGAUGCAUACAAGGCGAUUAUGCACCUCACGACUACAUACUCGGUCGUCGUGGAUGUCCUCAAGGAGUCAUUGCAUGGAUGGCUGACUUCCUUCCCCCGAAUUAUGCAAAACAACGACGAAACGGCGAAGCAAUGGGCUAUCCGCCAAAUUGCAACGGCAUUUCAAAUCCUGACUCAAGUACAACCUGGUUCAUCAGUACUAUCAAGCAACUUGGCAUCAGGGUUGUGCGAUAGCGUUGGUGCCGUCGUAAAACUCAGCACAUCCAGCCAACAGCUUGUGGCAUCUACCGCGGUUUCUGACUCAAAUCUGGACGUGAUUAUUUCAGAACCCAAAGCGCUCGAGUUUCCUCCAGUGCUUCUAGAGCAUAGAAGCCAAGGGAAGACAUUGAGUGACCUACGAUCAAUGAUUGUGAAACUAAAUGCGUCAGACUCGGGGAAUGAUAUUACGCGUUUGAUCAUGAACAGAGUGCAUGCCGUCUCUGACGAAGCUACUGUAGGCCCAUUCUGGCUUGCACUGACAUCCCUUCGGGCACAGUCAAGCUCCGCUUCUUUCUUCGAUGACUUUCUUGCCGACGACCAGGUGGAUCAGUCAAUGUUGCAGGCUAAUCGCCGAGCGAUGAUCGAAGAACUCUACUACAACUCUCUAGUCAUCUUGACUGAUUUGCCACCAGACGGCUCUGGCGACUGGCGUACUCUUGCACUUUCCUUGGAAGCAGUCGCGCUCCAGGCUCAGCAAUUAGGCGAGGCGUUUCGCCAGAGUUGA